AAAAAAUUUUGUAAACAUCAUGUCAGCUAAUUUGUGUUUUGAAUUCGAAACUGGAAAUUAAGAGGACUUUAAAACUUUCGAGCAACUGAGAGUGCUAAUGGUUUCAUCUGAGAACCCUUUCAAUGCAUCUAAUUUUACUUCUGUAUAUCAAGAUGAUUUCAACAUUACAGCAACUAAUGUUACUUUAAUACAUCAUGGUGAAACAUCUGAUCAUACAGCUUUGCUUGAUUUUGUGAUAUUGCCUUUAGUAACAAUAGUAACUGUCAUCAUUAUUGUGGGGUUAGUAGCAUUUAUUAUCAGAAAAAAGAGGCUGGACAAACUACGUCAUCAUUUGAUGCCUCUGUACAGUUUUGAUCCUGCAGAGGAAGGGGAAGACUGGGAGGCAGAGCUUUUGGAAGAAGGGACAGAUCAUCAACACAGAGCAAAAACCAGUCGGCCAUCAGAGCAGCCACAGUUGUCAUUUCGGAGCAAUCUAUGAAUUUCAUCUAAACUGCUGAUGAGAGUUUUGCUAAAUGGAAGGUUUUGUUAUUUGUAAAUAGUGCAAGGACUUUUUUGUAUUUCAUGUGUGCCAAUGUUUAGAAACUUAAUUUAUUACCUAAGUUAAAAUUUUUUAAUUUAUUCUAUGUGUUUUAUAGAUUUAUUUAGGUGAUAUUUGUAUGUAAACUAUGUAUUAUUAAUAUGCAUGUAGUUUAUUUUGAAAAGCUUUAAGUAGAAGUUCUUCAAGCAGUGUUGAUCAUUCCUUUACCAUACCAAUACUACACAAUACUAUAAUUACUUACAUUUGUUAUGCACACUAUAAGAAACUUAUAAUGCUAAAAUAUUGAGAUUUUUAGUAACUUUAUGACUGUGUAAAAUUCACAUUGCAUUUUAUUGUAUGAUAAAACAUUAUUAUGCUUUGAUGAAAAAAUGCAUUUGAAAAGCUUUUGGCUUACUGCAUUUCCUGGGUGUUCCUUAAAAUUAUGUUGUGCUUUAACCCAUAAUGUUGACUGACACAGUGAAAAUAUUUAGAAAAGAUAUAUAUUUGAAAGAAAUCACACAUUAUUGGUUAAUUGUUAAAACUGGAUAUGUUCUAUGAUAGAAAAGAUAAUUAUGAAUAUAGCUAAAAAUUAUAACUGUGCUCUUAUCAAAAUAUGAUAAAGAAAUUCAACUUUGAAUUCUAUUGAAUCUAAAAUUUUGAGACAGCUUUAGUGGGGUGUAGUGAAAAAUUCAGAAUCUCUUAAAUUUUCCUUUUCUGUAAUAAUAUACAGAAUUUUGGUACAUUUAUAUUAACUGUCAUUGGUAAACUUUUAAGCUUAACCAUAUAUCAAUGGCCAACAUAAUCAAUGAAAUAUUAGGACAUCUUUAGCUAUUGAUUUAGCAAUUGAUCAUUGGUAUGCAGUUAAUAUGCUAGUGCCAUAAUUACCCUCUUAAGAAAUAAUAAGAAGUAAGUAAUUGCUGAGGCAUGUGAAAUUUUGCAAAUCUUUGGAGUAUAUAUUUAUAUAAUUUGAUAUUUUAUGAUUCUGGUUAAUGCAUUUUAAUUAUCUUUGCAUGGAAGUUCAAAUAACGGACUUCUAUAUGCCUCUUAGAUUUGCUUGCACUAUUAAUAUGUUACCUGCAAAAUUUGAGCAAUGUAUGUUUUUAGUUAAGUAUUCUGUUAUAAAUUGAUAAAAAUUUAUAAUCUUCUGUUACUUGUAUUAUUAAUAAAAUACUUUUGCUCCCAAUUUCAAUAAAGAAAAUUCAACACAAUUCUCUUAAUGUGUCUGUUGUAAAAGAAAAUCAGAAGAUGCAUCAUGAGUGAAUUCUUGUAGAGCUACUGUUUGAUGGGUUUUAAUGCAAUCUGCAAAGCAAAAUAUGUCUUCUUUAUUUUUUCUAGGUAGAAUUGGAAUAAAUUUGAGAAGUUAUAUCAAUGAAUGUGUUGAAAUUCCUUUGUGAAUUUUUGAAAUUUUCCUAAAAUUUCACUGAAUGAAUUUAAUGAAGGUCACAACCCACUAUUUCAGAAGUGCUCUCUAAUUUAAAGCUUAUGAAUGAGAAAAAUAAACUCUUUAAUCAGUUAAAAGUAUAUGUUCUUGUUCCAAUUUCAUCAGUGCUGUUGUUUGAUAACUUUUAUAUAAAAAUCAUCUAUUGAUUAUAUCUUUUGGGUUUUAAUAUUAAAAUUUUUCUGAGAAAAUUAUUGGAUACGUAUCCAGUAUGCAUGGAAAGAAAGCAUUGUAAUUAAAAGUGCCAGGAGAUUAUUUUUUGUGUUACAUGCAAUUAAUCAACAAUAUUGUUGCUUGAUUAAAGUUGAUAAAUAAUAUUUAUUAUUUUUUAGACUAAAACGAUGUUGAGGAAAAGAUGUAAUGUAAAAAUGUAGAUAUUAGAAAGGCUUUGUAUAUGGGAAAUUUUUCACUAACUACAUUUUAUAUUGAUGCUCUGAAUUUGAGACAUUUGUUUGUGAUAGAUUUGUUAUUCGAAGAUUGUUUUUACUGCACUUAAAUCACAGAUCAAGAUGAUACUUUCAGCUCAAGAUCUGCAUGAUUUAAAAGAAUGCAGCUUUUAGAUUUAUGUGGCAUUGUUCCUUUUUUUUCCUUCUUCUAUAAAAUGAUGUAAUUAAUUUGUGUUGCAGUUUACUGGUGCUAAAAAGAUUUCAUGUUUUUAUUUAAAAUUUAUGUUUUGUGAUGUUUGUGUAGUUCAGAUUUCUUUUUAUUUGGCCUAUUUUUUCAAUUAUUAAUUAAUUAAACAUUAUAGUUAAAGAAAAAAAAAUGUUGCCUAGAUCCUAAUGUUUGCCUUAUUGUUAUACAAGGAAGAAAUGUCAAAUAAGAAAUCAGUUUUAUUAACCACAUUAGUAGUUUAAUUAAUGUAUAAAUGUAUUUAGGAAUACUAAAUUUUUAAAGAUAUGUUUAUAGUGUAAGAAUAUACUUAUUUUAAUUUUUUCAGUAUUAUUUUAAUUUCUGUAUUUAUAAUGGUAAUAAUUAAUUUGUAAUUUAUAAAGAUAAUUAAACAAAUUAUCACUUAUUAUAUUAAUGGUAUUAAAAUGUGCCAUUAUACUAUAUUUGCUUAAGUAUUUUUAUUGUUCUAUUUUUAAUAAUUAAAAAAGUAUGCCAAAAUUAUAAUGGUUUUGUGAACCAUUAGUUAUAUACUUAAAAAGUUCUCAAUUAUAUUGAUAAUUUGUUUUGUACUUUUAUUGUUAUCUGUUGAUUUGUACUUUUAUUGUGUUUUUAAAUACUCAGUUUAUUUAUUUUCAUAAGUUAUUGAUGGUUUUGCAUCUUGUGUCUUAAAGCUUAGUGCUAUUUAAUUUUCUAAUUGUUUCUCAAAUGCUUCCAAAAUAUUACUGUCCUAAUAUACCUUAUAUUUGUGCUAUUUAUCUAAUUUAUUUUUGUGAUAAAUUGUGAUGUCAAAACUUUUAAUUUAUUUUAUAGUGAAAAAGAGAUAUCAAACUUUUAACUAAUUAUAGAUUUCUUACAAUUUCCAUGUAGCUGAAUUUUUAGAGUGUGAUAUGCAUUUUCUCUUCCAUGACAUUGUAUAUCAGUUUGUAAUGCAUAUUGUCAUUAUUUUGUCAAUUAUGUGUUUAUAUGAUUAAAUGAUAAAGAUUCUGUUCACAUAUCUCGUUUCUUGGAAAUAAGACUGUAAAAUUUAAGUAUGCCAUAAAUUGAAAUCAUAAUAUAUGUAUAAAAAUUACAUCUAUUACCUAUGAUAACAUUUUUAAAAUUUUAGCUUCUAUCUAAGCAUUUAAUAAUUCAUUUUAAAAGUAAUUCAUAUGUUGAUAUAUUUAAUAUAUUAAACAAAUUCUGACUGAAAAUUA